AUUGGAAAUGUUUUAAAUGAAAUCUCAAACCAUGUUUGCUUCUUUAUGUUAUGUUUCUUGUGAACACUGUAAUAGCAAACACAUGCAAUAUUCAGAUCAUUUUACCGGUUGCAAUUAUUAAUUUUUUAGAAACAUCUUUAACUGCAUUCUUUGUAGUUGAAUUUUCACUCUGCACUGAUCAAGAAAGGGCUGGCUCACAAAAGCUCUUCUGCUCUCUAUGGUAUUUUCAUCAGAAACACUCCAGUCUCCACCUCCACUGAGGCUUAUCAGAUUGUCAGAGUACAGAAGGCUGUAUAGCAGGUAGGGAGAUUUGCAUUGUGGCUGGGGAAAUGGAGAGAACAGGUAGAGGUGUGGAGAACUCUGGAGCUGACAGCAGCUUGGUCGUCUGGUCUCUACUGACCUUCUGUCUUCUGUCUGGUCCUGCCACAGGUGACCAACAUGCCCACUGCUCUGAGUUCCUCUGUCUCAGCCCUCCCUCUCUUCUGGUGAGGCUCCUCAGCUUCUCCUCUGAGCAGGGUCCCUGUGGUUACCCCUUAGAUCUCCCUCCUUCAGACCUCCCAUCUGGCCAGGGCCUCCCUCCACUUCCACCAGGCUUCCCAGGACUGGCCCCUGGUCCUGUGGCCUGGAGCCCCCUCAGCCCCACAGUUGUGAUUGUCCCGGGCAGGAGGCCAGCCAGGCUGCAGCCCAGCUGGGCGAGGGUGAUGGCGGGGGAGCUGUUAGAGGCAGGGCUGGUUAAUGUCCUGGUAGCUGAUUGGCUGCUGUCCCCAGAGCAGGAGAUCACAGAAGGAGCCAGGCAGGUGGGAGAGAAGCUGGCACAGACCAUAAAGACACUACUGGAGGACCAGGGCUCUUCUCCAGAGCUGUUCCACCUGGUAGGGUUUGGUGUUGGGGCCCAUGUCGCUGGUGUGACCGGGGCCUGUUUGGGGGGAACUAUUGGCAGGAUCACAGGCCUGGAUCCGUUCUCACCGGUGUUUUCCGAGGCAGACAGCAGCCUGUCUCUGGAUCACACUGAUGCCCAGUACGUGGACGUGAUUCACACCAACUUCAACCCCAAUGAGCCGGUAGCUCCCCUGGGGGUUCCUAGACCGUUGGGUCAUGUUGAUUUCUACAUCGGCAGAGGAUAUCAACUCCCUGGUUGUCCUCAGGCUCUCAUGAAAAGGGAGCAGUACUUGCUGUGCAGUCAUCAACGGGCCUAUAGGUUGUUCACCAGCUCCAUCCGGUCCUCCUGCCCUCUCACAGCCUUCCCCUGCCAGGGAGUAGAGGACUUCCAGAGGGCUCUCUGUACACACUGUCACCACCCUGGCCUCAACAUCUGCCCCCAGCUGGGUAAGAGACACACUGUCACCACCCUGGCCUCAACAUCUGCCCCCAGCUGGGUAAGAGACACACUGUCACCACCCUGGCCUCAACAUCUGCCCCCAGCUGGGCUACGACAUCAGCUGGCUGCCUCCAGAUCGACCAAUCACCUUCCAGCCCCUGACCGCGGUCCUGGACAUCACAGCAACGGACCCUUUCUGCGUGACGCCGUUCCUGUUGGAGGUGCACCUGGAGGGAAACACCUCGUUAGAAGCACAGCUAUUUAUUCAGCUGAAGGGAGACGUCAGGAAAACACCUGUCAUGUUGGUGUCCGGUCCUUCCCUGAUGCAGUUUGAGUCUCAUCAGAUAAACCAGUUCCUGGUUUCUGUACGUCACAGUGUUCAGGAGUUCAGAACCAUAGUACUUCACUUCUACUCUCAACGCCUCCUGUACUUGGCCUGGAGGAAGAGACGGAUUCACAUCAGUCAUCUAGUC